GUUUCUACAGAAGUAGUGCCAAGGAUAGUAGUUUCUGUAAAAGUGGGUCCUGCAGAAGUGGUUUCCAGGGUAGUAGUAAUUUCUACAGAUGUGGUGCCAAGGGUAGUUGUUUCUGCAGAAGUGGUGCCCAGAGUUGUAGGUUCUACAGAAGUAGUGCCAAGGAUAGUAGUUUCUGUAAAAGUGGGUCCUGCAGAAGUGGUUUCCAGGGUAGUAGUUUCCACAGAAUGGUGCCAAGGGUACUAGUUUCUGCAGAAGUGGGUCCUGUAUAUGUGGUUUCCAGGAUAGUAGUUUCUAAAGAAGUGGUGCCAAGGUUAGUAGUUUCUACAGAAAUGCUUUCCAGGGUAGUAGUUUCUACAGAAGUGGGUGCUGCAGAAGGGGUUUCCAGGGUUGUAGUUUCUAUAGAAGUAGUGCCAACGGUAGUAGUUUCUGCAAAAGUUGUGCCCAUGGUACUAGUUUCUACAAAAGUGGUGCCAAGGGUACUAGUUUCUGCAGAAGUUGUGUCCAGGGUAGUAAUUUCUGCAAAAGUGGUGCCAAUGGUAAUAGUUUCUGCAGAAGUGGUUUCAGGGGCAAUAGUUCCUACAGAAGGUGUGCCAAGGGUACUAGUUUCUGCAAAAGUUGAACCCAGGGUAGUAGUUUCUGUAGAAGUGGAUUGUGCAAAAGUGGAUUCCAGGGUAGUAUUUUCUACAAAAGGUGUGCCAAGGGUACUAGUUUCUGCAGAAGUGGUGCCCAGAGUUGUAGAUUCUACAGAAGUGGUGCCAAGGGUAGUUGUUUCUGCAGAAGUGGUGCCCAGAGUUGUAGCUUCUGCAGAAGUGGGUGCUGCAGAAGUGGUUUCCAGAGUAGUAGUUUCUACAGAAGGGGUGCCAAGGGUAGUAGUUUCUGCAGAAAUGGUGCCAAGGGUAGCAGUUUCUGCAGAAGUGGGUUCUGUAGAAGUGGUGCCCAAAGUCGUAGAUUCUACAGAAGUGGUGCCAGAGACACUAGUUUCCACAUAAUUGGUGCCCAGAGUUGUUGAUUCAAAAGAAGUGGUACCAAGGGGAGUAAUUUCUGCAAAUGUGGGUCCUGCAGAAGUGGUUUCCAGGGUAGUAGUUUCUACAGAAGUCGUUAUAAAGGUACUAGUUUCUGUAGAAACUGUGCCCAGGGUAGUAGUUUCUAUCAAAGUUGUGGUCAGGGUAUUCAUUUCUACAGAAGUGGUGCCCAGAGUUGUAGCUUCUGCAGAAGUGGGUCCUGCAGAUGUGGGUUUCAGGGUAGUAGUUUCUACAGAAGUGGGUCCUGUAGAAGUGGGGCCCAGAGUGGUAGAUUCUAUAUAAGUGGUGCCAAAUGUACUAGCUUCUGCAGAAGUGGUUCCCAGGGUAGUACUUUCUACAGAAGAGGUUCCAAGGGUAGUAGUCUUUGCAGAAGUUGUGCCCAGGGUAGUAGUUUCUACAGAAGUGGUUCCUAGUGUAGUACUUUCUACAGAAGAGGUGUCAAGGGAAGUAGUUUCUGCAGAAGUGAGUCCUUUAGAAGUGGGGCCCAAAGUGGUAGAUUCUACAGAAGUGGUGCCAAAUGUACUAGCUUCUGCAGAAGUGGUUCCCAGGGUAGUGCUUUCUACAGAAGCGGUGGCAAGGGUACUAGUUUCUGCAGAGGUUAUGCCCAGGGUACUGGUUUCUACAGAAGUGGUGCCAAGGGUACUAGUUUCUACUGAUGUCAUGCCAAGGGUACUAGUUUCUACAGAAGAGGUGCCAAGGGUAGUAGUUUCUGCAAAAGUUGUGCCCGGGGUAGUAGUUUCCACAGAUGCCGUGCCAAGUGUACUAGUUUCUACAGUAGUGGUGCCCAGAGUUGUAGAUUCUACAGAAAAAGUGCCAAGGGUAUUAGCUUCUGCAGAAGUGGGUGAUGCAGAUCUGGUUUCCAGGGUAGUAGUUUCAGCUGAAGUGGUUCCAAGGGUACUAGUUUCUGCCAAAGUGGUUUCCAGUGUAGUAGUUUCCA